CAUCUACAGAGCCUUACUUUGAACUGUCAAGCUGUUUUAGUUUUAUUCAUUACAAGAGUAUAAUAGCAGCAUUUCUCGGAACAAAAAUACCGAUCAGCUGAAAUAUCAUUCCCCUACACUGUGCAGAAACUCUUUCCUGACCAUCUAAGUUGCCGUGUUCAACAUGUCUUCGACCUCACCUACCUAUGGGGGAGACCAGUUCUCGCAACAGUCUGCUCACAAUGCUACCACCGAAUUCUUCAACAGAAAUGAUGGCCAUAGAACUGAUACUACAACGGCGUUGACAAAAGUCUUGCAGAACCAGUAUCCGCAGCUAUCGUUAUCUGUCGUCAAUACCUACACUGCCAACCUGACUGGCUUCGCUGCCGCUGGAAAGGCAUCAAUGAUUCAAAUUCAGGAUGAAGCCCCUGAUUUGCCAAAAUCCCUCCAAGAAAAGAUGUACCUUCCUUCACCGCGCAGACUGGACGGAGGAUCUGGCAUCCUAGCCGUCAGCUACCAGUUUGCAAAGUUUCGGUACACUUGGGAGAAGUACGAUUUCAUAGUGUACGUUGCCGACGUAUUCCAAGAGCCGUAUAAUGUAACGGCCAAGUUCUUUAUUCUGUCGGCUCGGGAAUCAGAUGCGAAUGCUCUCAUCCGAGCCGUGGGACAGUGGAACUCGCAACUACACGGCGAAAUCCUCAUUUUCGAAGGCGGCCGAUGGAUGACGAGCAAAGAGCUCUUCCAGAGCGUCAUGAAAGCUAGUUGGGACGCUGUGAUUUUAGACAAGGAAAUGAAGAAGGCGCUGAUAGAAGAUCAUCUUUCGUUUUUCCGAUCUGAAGCAACCUACAAGCGGCUAAAGGUCCCUUGGAAGCGAGGCAUCAUCUACCACGGGCCUCCUGGUAAUGGCAAGACUAUAUCUAUAAAGGCCAUGAUGCAUAUGCUUUAUGAAGAGAGUACAGAAAUCCCAACACUAUAUGUGAGAAGCUUGAGAUCGUUCUACGGGCCAGAAGACUCUGUCAAGCAGAUUUUCCAGCAGGCAAGAAGAUUUGCGCCUUGUUAUCUUGUGUUUGAAGAUCUUGAUACUAUCGUAUCCGACGAAGUUCGCAGCUACUUCUUGAACGAAGUUGACGGACUCAAGUCGAAUGACGGCAUCUUUAUGAUUGGCAGCACUAACCACCUUGAUCGCCUCGACCCCGGUAUCAGUCAACGUCCCUCUAGGUUUGACCGAAAGUACUUUUUCCCAGACCCCAACUACAAAGAACGAGUAGCCUAUUGCGAGUUCUGGCAGAAGAAGCUGGCGGGCAACAAAGACAUUGACUUCCCCGACAACCUCUGUGAAGCAAUCGCCAAUAUUACGGACCGCUUCAGCUUUGCGUACAUGCAAGAAGCUUUUGUAGCUGCUCUGCUUGCUAUUGCACGAGCCUCGACUGGCACUGAUGAGAUGACCCAGAAGAUGGGCGUUUUGACAGUCGAGCUGAAAGACGACUGGAUUGGGGUCAUUGGAAAAUCGGAAGACAACGAUAGUCUCGACGACAAUGUCCUUUGGGUUGAGAUUCAGAAGCAGAUUGAGAUUUUGCGCCAAGGUAUGGCUGUGGAUCCUGAGAAAUAGUGACAAUGCAUCGCACACUAUGUGGUAUUAUUUUGUGUCUAUUUAUGUAUUUACGUAGUAGUUGAAGUCAUAUUUCCAUGGAAAUCAGGGAAUUCUCUACAGCUCAUCCACGGAUUCGUCGUCCGCAUUCAUCCCGUAACCGAGUCAACUAAACUGAAGGUUGCCAUGCAGUCGAAUGUCACGGCUGCUGGCGCCAACGUAGAUCUUGUGCGCACCAGACUGAAUCGUCCACUUCUGAGAGACGACGUCCCAAAUGCUAAGAUCACGCUUGGUUAGCUCAAACGUAGCUUUGCCGGUCUGGCCGGGCUCCAAUCGCAGCUUCUCGAAUCCUCGCAGUUGCUUGGGAGGGCUGUUAGGAAUACCAAGAUAGAGCUGAGCAACUUCAGCACCAGAAACCUUGCCAUUGUUUGUAACCUCAACCUCCACAGUGGCAAUCUUCUCCCACACCUCAUCUCCAAUGUGUGAACAUGGCUGCAUUGGUCCGUGUGUGGAGACACUAAUAGAGUCAUAUGUAAAGGUAGUAUAACUCAGACCGUAUCCAAAUUCGUAGCGGGGGGUGAUGUUCUUGGCAUCAAAGGCACGGUAGUCCAGAUACACGCCCUCCUUGUAGUCGCACUGGGGGUUAGUGUCGCCAAGGUGCGCCAAUCCGCAGGGCUUGUACACGCUGUAGUCGGAUUCGUUCUUGGCAAUGGUGUAUGGAAGCUUGCCAGAGAAUGCGGCCUCGCCGUACAGAAGCUUCACCAGGGCAGUACCACUGUCUUGACCAGGCAAGUGAGCAAUGACAACUGCGGUGAUGUUGGGGUUCUCGAUCCACUGAUCCACAAGGCGGAUACCAGCUGCGUGAAUGACGAUGAUAGUGUUUGGGCAUUUGCGGGCGACAUUGAGCACCAAAGCAUCGCUUUCAUCAUCGUGAAGACCCUCUCUAUCCCAUCCUUCUGUAGCCAUGGCAUUGAUGAAGACGAGACAUGCGUUGGUGGCGCCGUUUACGUCGGGGUUCGAAGACUUGAGAUCCCAGUUGAUCCAUGUGUCGUCAAUAGCAGCUCUGUGCUGAAUGGCGCUCAGAGG